AUGCUCGCAGCCAUCUUGGCCGCCAGCUGUAAUCACUUUUUCAGAUUGAGAGGCUUUCAAGAUGCGCGGAACGCAGCCACAGAAGCAACUGUCCAGAGCCUGUCACGGCUUCGUGAAGCUAUCCCGACGAGCAGGUUGAGGGGCGAGAGUCCGGCCUUAUUGGCUACAUCACUAAUGCUAGCGACAACCUGUCUUUGUGUCGGAGACACAAGUACUUAUCGACAACAUCUCAACGGAGCUCUCCAUAUUGUUCAGAGGGAUGGCGAACAGCACCAGUCAGAUCCUUUGUGGUCGCUGGGCCUCAAAUGGCUCACGCACUUGAUCCUGAUGAACAGGAUCUCUGGGCUGCCGUUGCCCACACAACAAAAGACCGGUGCACUUGACUGGGCUCCGUUGCUCAUAAGUCUUCCAGGGCCGGGGCAGAUCGACCCUGUAACGGGUCUAUCGUUGGACAUCGUUACGAUACUUGACGAGAUUUGCGACCUAUCCGACACGCCAUCUUGGCCAACGAAACAAUCACCGUCACCAGAUAAAAUCUCCGGAAAGGAUCAUGAUACAGACGCAGUAUUCGCUGUUGACUUUCCCAGGGAGCGGUCACUAGAAUUACUACUCCUGUAUCUCAAAAACCAGACGCCAUCCCCUGACUCUUGGACGGAACUCGAUUACAGCCACUACAUGUUUAUCAAUGCAGCCCUCAUCUCUCUGUACCGUCGCGUUGAUGGUCUGCCAAAAGAAGACGACAAGGUCCAACAUGCAGUUGAAUCCAUCAUCGACUCACUACGACACAUCGAUCAGUAUGCCGAAGUCAACAUUCCGCUGCUAUGGCCACUUCUCAGCGCAGGAUGUGAAGCCAUGACGGAUGAUCAACGAUCCAUGAUUGCGAGCAGAAUGAUGGCGAUGACAUCACAUGGACUGGGUAACUGCCGGAUUGUCCAAGGAUUCAUGAAACAAUACUGGGAAAGGGGAGGAAGCCUGAGAUGGGACAGGUUCGCAGAGCAGAUCGGGGCUGAUUUGGUCUUAUUCUAA